AUGUAUGGAGGCCGCAGCAGAAGUUUAUGUCCCUCGCAAAAGCAACUUUUUUCCAAAAUAAGUCUCUCCGGCGUUACAGUCGCAAGGAGGGUAGAAGAAUUGGCUAAUGAUAUCGAACGAUCAUUAAAGGAACGCGUGUCGCAAUUUGUUUACUACUCCAUUGUACUCGACGAAAGUACCGACAUAACUGACACCGCUCAACUGGCAGUGUUCAUUCGCGGCAUUGACGUUAAUUUUGUCGUUACCGAAGAAAUGGCUGCUCUUUUUCCUAUGAAAGGCAGUACAAGAGGAUGUGAUGUGUUGGAAUCGUUCAAUUCCGUCAUAGAUAGAUAUGGACUCAAAUUAUCAAAUUUGGCUGGAAUUUGCAAGAGAAUUUAA